AUGGAUUGGACGCGGGCAGGAGGAGUCCGGGCAGCAACGGCAAGCAAUCCUCUGGGUUUGAGUGCAGGGAAGACGGGAGGGAGGUUACAGGUUACCAGUCCUCAGAUUUACCGGCCGCCUGCGUCGACACCUAAAACAUCCCCAUCGAAGAGGUUGAUGACCACGAGCAAGACGGCAGCACCUCAAAAACAGAUCGAGGGAGGCACUGCAAAGAAGGCAUUGCCAGCUCCAGGUCCGAAAUCGACAGGGGCAUCCCACAAAACCACUCCUGCUAAGAAGGUUGGUACCGCUCCCCUCAAGCCUGUACAGUCGGCGGCGAAGACAAGCACCCACCCCAAUCCUGGAGCCAUGAGGCAGCAAAAACAAGGCAAUGGUGCGAACAAAGCUGGGGGUGCAAACAAAUUUCCUACCACACCAAACCCAGGCGCGAUGCGGCGCAAGCCAGCAGACGACGGUGACACGAAGCAGACCGCUGCGGGUAAGAAGGCUUCGAAUAAGCCCAACACGGCUUCAGCUUCGAAGCCGCUGACGACAUCAACAACAUCAAAUCGACCAAAGGUGCAAGGCAAUCCCACGGCUGCCGCCAAUCCCCUCGGCCUCACCUUUUGA